CAGACUACCAAUUCAUCCCACCACUCAUCGUUCUCAGGCAGCAGGAUGAGAGACGCGAGCUCGUUCUUGUCCACUUCCAGCGGCGAUUGCUGUAAGCUGCUCAGUAUGCGCACGGCGUUGCGCACAUUCGGAUAUCGGAGAGCGAGACUGUAUGCGGCCAGCGUGGGAGAACCAACAGCGAGCAGCAGCGAAACGAGGUUCUGCAACCGGGUCCGCGCGCCAAACGGCAGCUGAGAGACGAGCGCGAGAUACGGGAGCAGCCAUGCACUGUAGGAUUCUGAGUUUCUGGGGACAGACAGACACUGCCGACGACGCACGUGAAUUGUUGAGAGAAUAUGUUCCAAUUGAACGCCUCGUUCUGCGUCCCGCAGGCCCGCACACACAGACCGUAAGAGAUGGCGGUCGCCUGCGACACGUUCGCAACGGGGUGUCCGAAGUCGUCCAGCGCCCCGACAAGACCCCAUCGACCCGCAGACUUCGUCUAAACAGCGAGUGAAGUUCACGGUAGUAGCCAUUACCGGGCGGACUGCAGGUCCGCCAUUAUAAGGUAUCACGCUAGGCAUCUCAUUACUAAAACAAGCUUUGAGCCGUGCGGAUGCUCGAACACGUUGGACGAGGAAGAAUAGUUCAUUGAUCGUGGACGAGCUUCAG